AUGCCUCACUCGACUGAAAAGCCUGAGUCCAUUGAAGCCUACGUUAACUAUCAUCUGCCGCCGCCGAAGGGCGAGCCGUACCCAAUUCAGAUGAUCGCUACGAUAGGGUUCCAGCGGACCAAGUACGAUCGGCAACUAGUCCCUGUGACGGACAUGCGUACCUGCGAUGAAGAAUUCGGUCUCGAUAAGCAAGGUUUCAAGGUGGUAGAGAGUACAAUACAAGAAAAACAAUGGGAUGGAGAUUAUAGAUUUGGUCUACCACCACAGUUGCAGAGGGACGUGCAAGAGCUGCUGAUGAGGCAACGUGAUCCCCAUGAAAACAUCCUCAACAUCCCCGACCACCUCCCAGACUCAGAGGUGCUAAGCAUGCAGCCACCAGCAAUGUUUAUUCAUGUUGAAAUCGUCCUUAAUAGACUCCCCGAAGCAGAAAUGCUUAGAGGCAAGACCAAGACGCGGUGGGGUAUUGUUAACGUCUGGCAACCUCUCAAAUCUGUCCGACGUGAGCCACUGGCUGUUUGCGACGCUCGCAGCGUCGAAGAGUCUGAUCUUCGUCCGGUGACCACGCGCAUAGUGAUUGGUAAACCGCCCAACACGAUGAAUAAAGACAAUGAGCAAUGGCAUAUGGUUGCGAGCCCACAGCAUAAGUGGUAUUACGCCAGCAACAUGAACCCUGACGAAGCGCUGUUGAUCAAGAUUUUCGAUACGAAACUAGACGGAAGGGCUAGAAGAGUGCCGCAUACCGCAAUUCAAACACCCAAGGAUGAGGGACCGCCCAGGGAGAGCAUUGAAAUUAGGUGUCUUGUUUUCUGGGAAAACCAGGAUCUUUAG